CUACAUUACCAUUCGCGUGCGUGCUURACCUCCGUGGGUGGAACCGCACGGACCCACUCGCUUCCGUUGGCUUCGGUGCUUCGCACCCACCGUUCCCGGUGCCGGUGCGUUGCGGGAGGGGGUUCGCCCGGGCCUUCCUCGUCGCUCGGCCAGUCCCCGCCCAUGCUUUCGGAGCAAGGGGGGUCGCGGUGGGACGAGGAGGAGGAGGAGGAGGGCACCCCGGUUCCCUUCGGCACGGGGUUGGGAUCCCCCAAAAGGUCGCCGCCGGCUCCUUUUUCGGUCGGGUUCCGGUCCCCGCACGGUGCGCGUUCGCGUUCUCCCCACGCCGGGCACCACCCGUCCAGGGACAGGUCGGACUCCUCCGAGCGGUUGGGGGCCACCCCCAGCUCGACCACCACCGGGACGCCCUGGGCGUCGGUUCCGAGGGUGGCGGAAGGCUCCCGCUGCUCCRGGGAGCCCUUCCCGGGAAGGUGCCUGCGCGAGCCCCACCCCUGGGGGGGGGGACAGCUGCUCGAAGAGGGCCCGGAUCUCCGGGAGCUCGUCGCACGGGCCGAUCUUGUGCAAGAGCUCGCUGCGCCCGCACCGGUGGGCCCUUCCGCUUAGACGGCGCCUGGGGCCGGCCCGGUGGCUUGGAGCAGCAGCAGCAGCGAGGGGCCCGGCCCGCCGGGGAUGGGCGGUUCUCGAUACCAUGGAAUGGUGUGUGUAUGUGUGUGUGUGCGUGCGGAUAGUGGUGGUGGUGGUGGUGGUGGUGGUGGUGUCGUGCCUGGACGCCUCGUGUCGUGUCGUGUCGCCGAGGGGGUGGUGUCGUGCUUGGUUUGGUUUAAUGGGACAAACUCGCCGCAAGAAAGGAUUUUUCUUUCGUUCGAAGAGCAACAGCGAACAACAGAAGCGAGGGUUUGCGGCGGAGUGACGGAAUUCCGGGGGGGGGGGGAGUGUUGUUCGCGGGAUGGAGCAUCGCGCAACGACGGCAUCCCUCUGCGAUGCAAACCAAACCCACYGGUGAACAAAGCAGUGGCUACAGGUACGGGUCCCCGCUGCCGUUCGGGUUGACAGGCAUGUGUCAAUCCGUACAGUAUGUACGGUACUCGCACGAUGGUUCCAAGCUUUUUCGGUUCGGUUUGCGACGCAAGAACCAUUGCGUUCGGAGUUUCGGUUCGCACUCCCAGCCGUUCGACGAUCGGCGGAGACGYAGAGCGAACCAGGAUGGUUCGUAAUUCACUCGGCUUAAGAGAGAAACAGAUUUUGUAUGUGUAACCCCUCUUCGGCUAGGAAAGAAUAUUCGCAAGCAAAAAGAUAGGUGCAGCAACUCUAAUAUACAAGUGGACACUUU